AUUAGUUAGUUAGCACAGAAUGAGUAACUAACUAACGUAGUUAACUAACUGGCCAGCGCCUUCCAGACGGGUCUCCACUCCAAUUGAGACCUCGGCCAUCCGUUUCUCUGCCCGUCAAAUCGGCAUCGGCCAUCCCGGCGAAAAAACCGAGCUGCCCUACUGUCCCAUCGCCAGUUCGAUCGGAUUUAAGAAAUCGGGUCUGGUGAGAAGCUUGAUCGGCAUGGAGCUGCAAAGACUUACUCCGCUUGCCAUACAGAGUAUCUUCUUGUGUGUGUAGAGAUACGUUCCCUAUCCUCCGUGACUUGGGAUAAGCUAGAUACGAACGAAGACUGCGGUACCGACUGUCUUUGGUAUAAGGUCUCCCCGAAUUCUCCUCUCAUGCAGCGACUCCAACGUCCGGGGCGCAUCUCGGUCCGAUUGCUAAUCCUACCAGCGCAUGGCAAGCAGACCGCACCGACGGAUUGGGCUGCGAUCGCCAAAAUCCCCAAUCAUGCGGAGUUUAUCUCCGGAGAGGUGAGGGCUUUGCGGCUAUUGCGGGCCGCAACGAUUGAUCUUCUGAGGUAUUUUGGGACUUUGAUAUUUCUCUGUAUGGUUCAAGUUCCGGUGAUCGACAUUUUCCCAUCUCCUGUCUUGUACCUCUCGUUGAGGAGGGGUUGUUGUCAUGGCCAGUUUAGGGACCAACUUAUGUACUGUGUAUACUACCACAUAGGAUUGCGACUGCAGUGGAGGCUUCUAUAAUUUGUCCCGGCCAAACUUCAAAAUCAUCGCAUCGGCCCUAUGAUGAGAAACAAUAUUCUUGAGUGCUAUCGAGGAACGGGUUAGCCCACCGAGAGCUCCUACCUAGGCCUGUAUAUUGUGAGAGUCAGACACAUGAUAGUGGAUACGACCCGAACCUCGUUGCAUAGAGGUAUGUCUGUACAUACCUCUAUUUACCUCUAUAGUCGGAUUGGCGCCCUUCCAUCGAGCAGUAGGAGUUGCAGAACCGUCCUUGCACCCUGGUGGCCUGCCUUACGGGCUCGUCUCCAUCCUAUCACCAAUUCUCACCGUCCGAAACCGUCGUGACUUGCAGCAUGUGCAACUCCUCACUGCGACGCGGACUGGCAUCCCCGACGCGCCCCUCGAUCGUGCCUGUCGCAAAGGGAUCGGUCAUGCAGAGAGAAGAGAUGCCUAUGCAAUGCCGUCCAAAACAGUCCCGUAGAUUCCGCCCUGUGACGCGCCCAGGAAUGCCAACGCCUACUCCCGCGCGGAGGUGGCUGACAUGCCGUCGGAUCGUGAACCCGUCAACACGACGAGGAAUGGAUAACACGAUGGGAUCAACCGUGCGAUACAUUGCUUGAACUUGUUCCUAGUCUCAGCUAAAUUGGGAACGUAAAGGAAGGCAUUGAGCUCAUUGGCCAAAAGAGCCGUGGCAUGAAUCAGUUUGCACCCCAGAAACGCCAACGACAUUUGCUUCGACGAGGAGGAACCACGAUUUAAGCUCAUCCAUCCCUCAGCCCUGCAGCGCCCCGAGCUCUGUCGUCAUGGCUCAACAGUCGAGUCCUGUAGCAUAAUUGCUUGAAACAACAAAGGGGGCCGUUCAAAGGCACUCCGUCACGCUAACGGCUUGGCACAUUGGUCGAUUCUGCAGGAGAAAGGAAGCGAUUGAUGGGCCUUCAGCUAGAGCGGGUCCCCUCACGUCUGACGUCUCACCGGACAUUCUGAUGCCCUUUCCCUUGUCCUAGUCGAUGAUCUUCGUCGUUUUCCAACUUUACCCCAUUCUCUGUCUGAUCAAUUCUUGUAUCUGGUUAUCUCUUCCUCUCGACUGCCCUCUACGCCUUCUUCGAGGACGACCCCUUUCACCAAGAGUAUUCCGUGCUGGCCAUGACUUGGUAGGCUCAUGGACUCAUGAAAAACCCAUCAUGCCCUAUUUUCUCGUCACGCUAUGCUGCACCUUUGCAGCCCUGGGCUCGUUCUUGUUCGGCUAUGAUUCCGGGGUAAUCUCUUCGAGUAUUGAACAAGACGCCUUUUUGAAUUAUUUCGGCUCCCCGGGCUUAUCCGAUGCUGCCAGUGGAGGGAUCAUUUCUUCAUAUACAGGAGGUGCCAUCAUCGGGUCCCUUCUCGCGCCAUACGUCUCCGAUUUCUAUGGACGUCGAAUGGUCAUUUUCAUCGGUGGACUGCUGGCCACGCUGGGUGCGGCGCUCCAGGGUGGUUCGGUCACCGUCGCGAUGCUUAUCGCCGGUCGAUUCAUCGCGGGCGGGGCUAUCGGACUCAUGUCGGCCACGAUUCCUGUCUACUGUAGCGAGGUUGCACCGCCGCGUAUUCGUGGUUUACUGGCCAGUAUGCAGCAGUGGAUGAUAGGGCUGGGCAUCAUGGUGGCGCAAUGGGUUGGCUACGGAUGCUCCCUACGCACUGGCAAUUUCUCUUGGCGAUUCCCGCUAUCCUUCCAAACCGCCCCGGCCGUCAUUCUCGUCUGUGGUAUCUGGUUUCUCCCCGAGUCCCCACGCUGGCUCAUCGAACAUGGCCAAGAAGAAUCCGGUCGAGCAGUCCUCGCCCGUCUCCAUCUGAAUAGCAAUGCAUCCAACCAAGACCUCGUCGAGCAAGAGAUGAACCAAAUCCACCAAAGCGUCGCCAAUGAAAAACAACUCGUCGUCCGCUCAUGGCGCCAGCUCUUGCUCUCCCGCCAAUGGCGCUAUCGCAUCAUCCUCGCAUGCGGUAUUCAAGCCAUGACCCAAUGCUCCGGCGUAAACAUUAUCCAAAACUAUGGACCGCGACUCUACAAGACACUAGGUCUCUCCACGUCCACUUCACUGAUGAUUAUCGGUGUCUGGGGCGCACUCGCGCAAUUCUGGAACACCGUCUUCAUGACUUUCAUCGACAAAGUCGGGCGACGCAAGUUGCUCAUCCCGUCCCUGUUGGGCAUGGGCGCGGUAAUGUGUGUCGAAGCUACACUGGCGCGAUACGUCGAUUUCAGCGAUACAAACGCCAACCCGAAUGCACUGCGCGCCGCGAUCGCCAUGUUCUUCAUUUUCUCCUUAUUUUUCACGGCUCUGGGUAUGAUCUCGUGGAUCUAUCAGUCCGAGAUCUUUCCAACGGCUAUUCGUGCUCGAGGAUCGUCCGUGGCGACUGCUACCAAUUGGAGCUUGAGUUUGAUUUUUGCGCAGUGUUCGCCGAUUGCGUUGACUAGGAUUGGGUCGGAUUAUUUCUAUUGCUUUGUUGCGUUUAAUUGGGUCGCGGUCUUUGUGGUUUGGUUCUGGUAUCCUGAGACCGUUGGGCGGUCUCUCGAGGAGGUUGAGGAGGUUUUUGGGGGUCGGUCUCGGGAUGUUGAGCCUGAAGUUACCGUUCGGGUCUCGGAGAGCCCAAAGACCGAGUGGACGCCGCCACGAUCACAUCUCCAGCAUAAGGGUGUUCACCCUUUGUCGAUGCAUCCAAUUACCUGUGGGAGUUGGAGUAGCAAGGGUGGCUCGUCACCUAGGUUGUGGGGUAAACAGAUAGAGGCAGGUACAGUAUAGAGAAGAUGAACAGCAUUGACGUAAAUAUUGAGAACGAACCACCUUUGUUG